ACUUAUUUAGAACCGCAGCCGGACUUUUCUCACCGGUCUCUCUCGUCGUUUGGGGCCGCAGUCGGAGCCACAUGUCUGGGAUACUGAAGCUGCUGGACGCGCGCUGGAGCGGGCCCGUCCUCGCACGUCUGCAGCCCGUCUUCGCACGUCUGCAGCCCGCCAGGACUUUCCGCUGCACCGCCGCUAGACAAGAUGAGCAAAGCGAGAAGUCCUCCGUGCUGGGCAAGCGGUGGAAGGACACGGCGGAGACGGUGGUGAUCGGCGGCGGCUGCGUGGGCGCCAGCCUGGCGUACCACCUGGCCAAGGCCGGCAUGAAGGACGUGGUGCUGCUGGAGAAGUCCGAGCUGACCGCCGGGUCCACCUGGCACGCGGCCGGCCUGACCACGUACUACCACCCGGGCAUCAACCUGAAGAAAGUCCACUACGACAGCAUCAAACUCUACGAGCGCUUGGAGGCCGAGACGGGACAGGCGGUGGGAUUCCACCAGCCGGGCAGCGUCCGCAUCGCCUCCACGCCGGCCCGGGUGGACGAGAUGAGGUACCAGAUGACCCGCACGCACUGGCAUGUGACCCAGCAGUCCAUGAUCACACCUGAGGAAGUCCAGCAACUGUUCCCUCUGCUCAACAUGGACAAGGUCUUGGCGGGCCUGUACACUCCAGGAGACGGCCACAUCGACCCAUAUUCCCUGACCAUGGCCUUGGCCGCGGGGGCUCGCAUGUACGGGGCCCAGAUCUACAACCCGGCGCCCGUCACGGGCCUCCAGCCCACCGCCGACGGCAAGUGGGACGUCCAGACGCCGCACGGAACCAUCCGGGCCGGUCGCGUGGUCAACGCCACAGGUUUUUGGGCGCGGGAGGUGGGCAAACUGAUCGGACUGGAGCACCCUACCAUCCCGGUCCAUCACCAGUACUUGGUGACGGCCACAGUUCCGGAGGUGAAGGCUCUGAAGAAGGAGCUGGCAGUCAUCCGGGACCUGGAGGGUUCCUACUACCUCCGGCAGGAAAGGGACGGCCUCCUGUUAGGACCCUACGAGCAAAUGGAGAAGAUGGUCCUGCAGGACUCUUGGGUCCGAGACGGAGUACCUCCCGGUUUUGGCAAGGAGCUGUUUGAGUCGGACCUGGACCGGAUCAUGGAGCACGUGGAAAUGGCCAUGGAGAUGGUUCCCGUUCUUAAGAAGGCAGACAUCAUCAACAUCGUGUCCGGCCCAAUCACCUACACCCCGGACCUGCUGCCCAUGGUGGGACCCCAUCAAGGGGUCCGCAACUACUGGACCGCCAUCGGAUUCGGGUACGGAGUCAUCCACGCCGGCGGUAUCGGCAAGUUCCUGAGUGACUGGAUCACCAGCGGCGAACCUCCCUACGACCUCAUCGAGUGCGACCCCAACCGCUAUGGCAAGUGGGCCGACGUGCCCUUCAUGUGCGCCAAGGCCAGGGAAUCCUACGGCUUCAACAACGUGGUGGGUUACCCCAAAGAGGAGCGCUUCGCCGGCCGACCGACGGCACGUGUGAGCGGUGUUUACCACCUGCUGAAGGACCAAUGUUCCAUGGGCUUCCACGCUGGCUGGGAACAACCUCACUGGUUCUACAAGGCGGGAGACGACACACAAUACAAGCCCAGUUUCCGGCGCAGCAACUGGUUUGGGGCGGUGGGGCGAGAGUGCCAGCUGGUGAUGGAGAAGGUGGGCGUGAUCGACCUCACUCCUUUUGGCAAGUUCACCGUGAAGGGCAAGGACUCUCACCGGCUGCUGGACCGCCUCUUUGCCAACACCAUGCCCAAGGUGGGCCAGACUAACAUCAGCCACAUGCUGACCCCCUCCGGCAGGGUCUACGCCGAGGUCACCAUCACCCAGUUGGCGCCCGGAGAGUUUUUGCUGGUCACCGGCUCCGGGUCGGAGCUCCAUGACCUCAGGUGGAUUGAGAGCGAGGUGGCGGCGGGCGGCUACGACGUGGACGUGGCGAAUGUGACGGACGACAUGGGUGUGCUGGGCAUCGCGGGGCCAAACUCCCGCAAGGUCCUUCAGAAGCUGACAGAGGAGGACAUGAGCGACUCCGGGUUCAAGUUCCUGCAGUGCAAGUCCAUGCAGGUGGCCGGCGUUCCGCUUCGGGCCAUCAGGAUCUCUUACACCGGUGAGCUGGGCUGGGAGAUGUACAUGAGCCAGAAGGACAUGGCGGCCGUGUACCUGGCCAUCAUGGAGGCGGGCAAAGACCAGGGCAUCGACAACUUCGGCACCUACGCCAUGUCCUCGCUCCGGCUGGAGAAGGGCUUCCGGGGUUGGGGCGCUGAGAUGAACUGUGACACCAACCCUCUGGAGGCGGGGCUGGACUAUUUCAUCAAGCUCAACAAGCCCGCCGACUUCAUCGGCAAGGCCGCCCUUCAGGAGAUCAAAGCCAAGGGCCUGGCCAGGAAGUUGUCCUACAUCGCGGUGGACACGCACGACAUCGACCCCGAGGGCAACGAGACGGUGUGGCACGACGGCAAGGUGGUGGGCAACACCACCUCCGGCGCCUACAGCUUCAGCUCCCAGCAGAGCCUGGCGUUCGCCUACCUUCCCGUGGACCUGUGCUCCGUGGGCCAGAAGGUGGAGGUGGAGCUGCUGGGCAUGAAGUACCCGGCCACGGUCAUCCAGGAGCCCCUGGUCCUCACCGAGCCCACGCGGACCCGCCUGCAGAAGAAAGCCAAGAGCAAAGCGUAAUAAGUGCCACUGUGGUUUAUUUACAGGACCAUUCAGGGAUGACUCAACGGGGGACUCAACCCUUAUUGUACUAGAAGACCUGUGUUCUAUAUGCAGUCUAAAGCGUAAAAACAGGCAAGCAAUUGUCAGCUAACAAUGGAGCAAAUAAAAAAUAUCCAUAAACAUUUUAUAUACACCAGGGGUCCCCACACCAUGGCCCGCGGGCCGGAUACGACCCCCCCCCAGCGUUCAAAAUCCGGCCCGCGGGAAGUCCCAAGUUAAAAAAAAAAAAAAAAGUGUUUUUGUUUUUUGUAAUUAUUAUUUUUUAAAUUUGUGUGUGUGUGUGUAUAUAUAUAUAUAUAU